AUGUUCGAUUUGCCUAAUCCAUCAACUGAUCCUUAUGCCACUCCUUACACUUCAACAGCGUAUCGCCCGUUCACAUCAACUUCAUCAUCAUCUUUUCUUUUUAAUAUACCAACAGCUUCCAUCGAUGACCAACAGCAACGUUUCGCCGAAUUUUCCUCCUAUCCAAAUCCAACAUCAGAUAUGAUAUCGUAUCCAAUGUUCGAUGCUGAACAGUAUACAAAUAAUCCGUACCACCCUCGGCAUAUCGAUUCCACCAAUCAGACAGCAUUUUUUCCUUAUAUUUAUCCGCCGUAUCGUUCAAAUCUCCAUCCAACAUCAACUGUUCCCGAUGAAAAAGCUGAUCAUUAUUUAUGCAAAUGGGUUGACCCUGAUACCAAUCAAAUCUGUAAUCGAACAUUUUCCUGCAUGUCAGAUAUUGUUACCCAUUUGACGGUUGAACAUGUUAGUGCAUCGGAACAAUCGACACAUAUGUGCCUAUGGCUUGACUGUCCUCGGCAGGGUCGAGCGUUCAAAGCAAAAUACAAACUUGUCAAUCAUAUACGUGUUCAUACCGGUGAAAAGCCAUUCGCUUGUCCAUACGCUCGUUGUGGAAAAGUUUUCGCACGAUCAGAAAACCUUAAAAUUCAUAAACGCACUCAUACAGGAGAACGACCAUUUCCAUGUCAAUAUUGUGACCGAAGCUUUGCCAACAGUUCCGAUCGGAAAAAACAUCAACAUGUACAUACAUUUGAUAAACCAUAUACAUGCCGUGUCGAUGGUUGUGGUAAAACCUAUACACAUCCAUCAUCUUUGAGAAAGCAUAUGAAAAUGCAUGAGGCAUCUUCCGAUUCAAACAAUGAAUUUACAACAAAACGAUCUCAUAAUCUCCGUCGCACUCGAUCACCACCAGUAAAUAACUCUGUCGCGACAGAUAGUUGUUCGCCGCCUUCGUCAUCGUCGUUUGAAAAUCUUGCUCCCAUGAUAAUGCCGCCUAUGCAUGCAUAUCAUCAUGCAUCCACUUUCCCGUCACACUAUUCUGGACUUCAGUUUUAA